AUGGCCCCUUGCCCUGGCGCUGGGCACCACUGCAAAGUCAUUAUCAUCUCAAGGAACAGCUUCUCCCCGGACAAUUCGUGCCUGCUGGGGCAGGACAUCAUGAGCCGUCCAGAGGAGGCGUGGGAACGCGAAGAGCCAAGAGAGAGCGAGCUGCUGGAUCUUGGCAAUCCGCAAGCAGCAAUUACCGAGCUGCAGGUGCCGGCUGCGGCCUCGAGGCUCUGGCACCAGCUGACCCUGCAAGUGUUGGACUUUGUUCAGGACCCUUGCUUUGCCCAAGGCGAUGGACUCAUCAAGCUGUAUGAGAACUUCAUCAGUGAGUUUGAACACAGGGUGAACCCCUUGUCCCUGGUAGAGAUCAUUCUUCACGUAGUCAGACAGAUGACAGAUCCCAAUGUGGCCCUUACCUUUCUGGAAAAGACUCGAGAAAAGGUAAAAAGCAGCGAUGAAGCGGUCAUUUUGUGUAAAACAGCCAUUGGGGCGCUCAAGCUGAACAUCGGAGACCUGCAGGUCACCAAGGAGACCAUUGAGGAGGUUGAAGAGAUGCUGAACAAUCUCCCUGGGGUGACUUCAGUCCACAGCCGCUUCUAUGAUCUCUCCAGCAAGUACUACCAGACGAUUGGGAACCAUGCCUCUUACUACAAGGACGCUCUACGGUUUCUGGGAUGCAUUGAUGUUAAAGAUCUGCCAGUAUCAGAGCAGCAGGAGAGAGCCUUUACCCUGGGGCUGGCAGGGCUCUUGGGAGAAGGUGUUUACAACUUUGGGGAGCUGCUCAUGCACCCCGUUCUGGAGUCCUUGAGAAACACUGAUCGGCAGUGGCUGAUUGACACGCUUUAUGCCUUCAACAGUGGUAACGUAGAGACAUUUCAGGCUUUGAAGUCGGCGUGGGGUCAGCAGCCAGAUCUGGCUGCAAACGAAGCGCUGCUGCUGCAGAAGAUUCAGCUGUUGUGUCUUAUGGAGAUGACUUUCACCCGACCGGCCAAUCACAGGCAGCUCACUUUUGAAGAGAUUGCCAAGAGUGCCAAAGUCUCUGUCAAUGAGGUGGAACUGCUGGUGAUGAAGGCGCUCUCGGUAGGCUUGGUGAAGGGCAGUAUCGACGAAGUCGAUAAGCGGGUACACAUGACAUGGGUACAGCCACGCGUGUUGGAUUUACAACAGAUCAAAGGGAUGAAAGACCGCCUGGAGUUCUGGUGCACGGAUGUGAGGAGCAUGGAGAUGUUGGUGGAGCACCAAGCUCAUGACAUCCUAACAUAGAGCUCAGACCACU